AUGAAAGUGGCUGCGGUCCAUGCAUCAACAUUAGUUGAAGAGGAUGAAGAGCCAGAGAAAGACGCUUUCCAGGCAGUGGCUAGCGCCCCGCGGAGGCGUCUGGGAAAUAGAGGCCUCGAGGCGCGGAGGAUUCUGGUCAUCGUAGUUCGCGGCACGUCUGCGCACGCGUCGUUCCUCAGUGAGAUGGGGCGCCGGUCGCCUUUGUUGGCUCGAAGCCGGCUCCGCUCGCUCGGAAGGUGUGAGCGCGCUUCUUGUGUGUGCGUGCUGGACUGUGCGCGUGCAUGUGCAUGCCUGAGCGGGGGCGCGCCCGGGGAGGCGGGGCCGAGGGAGAGCUGGCGCAUGCGCAGCUUUGGAAGUGUGUGCUGCCGUAAUCUCUUCCCCAGCGUGGGCAGCCGGAACCCCUCGGUCUGUGGUUCCCAGGGUGGAGUACGUGGAGCCGACCACGUGAUCCGGCGAACAACCUUUGGAUGUAUUAAAUGUGGGAAAUGUUCAUUUGUAAGUCAUCUUAUUGAACAUCAGUUCAUUCACACUGGAAAGAACCCCUAUAAACAUAAUAAAUGUGGGAAAGCCUUCGAACAGAAUUCAGAUAUAAUUAAACACCAGGGAAAUACAGAGAAGAAAAUAUAUAAAUGUAAUGAAUGUGAAAAAGUUUACAGCGAUCACUCAACCCUUACUCAGCACUAUAUAAUUCAUACUGGAGAGAGACCCUACAAAUGUAAUGAUUGUGGGAAAGCAUUCAGUCGGAGCUCAUCCCUUAAUAAGCAUCAGAGGAUACAUACUGGAGAAAAACCCUAUGAGUGUAAUGAAUGUGGGAAAGCCUUUCUUCAGAGCACACACUUUAUUCAACAUCAGAGAAUUCAUACAGGAGAAAAACCUUAUGGAUGCAAUGAAUGUGGGAAAUCCUUCAGUCAAAGCUCCUAUCUCAAUCAACACCAGAGAAUUCAUACUGGAGAGAAACCCUAUGAAUGUAAUGAUUGUGGGAAAACAUUCAGCCGAAGUGCACACCUUACUCAACAUCAGAGAAUUCAUACUGGGGAGAAACCGUUCAAAUGUAAUGAAUGUGGAAGAGCCUUCAGUCGCAACUCCUCUCUUCUUGAACAUCAGAAAAUUCACACUGGAGAGAAACCCUAUGAGUGUAAUGAAUGUGGCAAGGCCUUCAGCCAGAGCACACUCCUUAAUCAGCAUCAGAGAAUUCAUACUAACGAUAAAUCAUAUAAAUGUAGUGAAUGUGGGAAAGCCUUCAGCCGGAGCUCAUGCCUUUCUAAACACCAGAGAAUCCACACUGGAGAGAAACCUUAUAAUUGUAAUGAAUGUGGGAAAGCUUUUAGCCAAAGCUCAUGCCUUUCUAAACAUCAGAGAAUUCAUACUGGAGAGAAACCCUAUGGAUGUGAUAUAUGUGGGAAAGCCUUUAGUCAGAGCACACACCUUACUGAACAUCAGCUCAUUCAUACUGGAGAAAAACCUUAUGAAUGUAUUAAAUGUGGGAAAAUGUUUAGUCGUAAGUCAUCUCUUCUUGAACAUCAGUUUAUUCACACUGGAGAAAAACCUUAUGAAUGCAUUAAAUGUGGAAAAACCUUUAGCCGAAAAUCAUCCCUUAUUGAGCAUCAGUUUAUUCAUACUGGGGAGAAACCAUAUAAAUGUAAUGAAUGUGGGAAAACCUUUAGCCAGAGGUCAUGCCUUUCUAAACAUCAGAGAAGUCAUACUGAAGGAAAGCACUGUGAAUUUAAUGAUUCAUGAAAUCAUUGAUGUGUAGUUAGAAUCUCAUGAAAUUUCAGGUAAUUUACAUUUGAGAAUAGCA